AUGCGUUUCACUCUCGCCACCGUCAUCGCUGUUCUCCCCUUCUUGGUCGAUGCUGCCCCUGCCCCGGCGGCUCGCGCUCCGUCGAACAAGAUCGCUAUCCAGAAACGCUCGACACUUUUAAACGUUGAUGGCACCGUCAACCUGACUGCUCUUAACCGUCACACCCAGUCCAUUAAGGCUAAAUACGAGCGCGGCUUCACCAACUACGCGAAGAACACUGGCAAGGUUCACUCCCUGGCCAAGGUCAACGCUGGCAAGCGCGACACCGGCACCGUUGAUUUGACCGACGACAGCAGCGAGCUCUGGUACGGCAAGAUCUCUGUCGGUACCCCCGCUGUCGAGUACACCGUUGACUUCGACACCGGCUCGUCUGACCUCUUCCUCCCCGGCCCCGACUGCGACGACACCUGCUCUGGCCACACCGUCUACGACCCCUCCAAGUCCUCAGACUCCCAGGACGUCGGCCAGACCUUCCAGCUCCAGUACGGUGACGGCUCCACCGUCUCCGGCGAGCAGUGGACCGACACCGUCACCCUCGCUGGCCUGACCGCCACCGAGCAGACCCUCGGUGCCGCACAGCAGUACUCGACGGGCUUCGAGUCCGCGCAGUUCCCCGCCGACGGCCUCAUGGGCAUGGCCUACCCCGCCAUCUCCUCCUACGGCGCCUCCCCCGUCUUCAACACGCUCGUCUCCCAGGGCCAGACCGACGCGGGCGUCUUCGGCUUCAAGCUGACCUCGUCCGGCGCCGAGCUCACCAUCGGCGGCGUUGACCAGUCUGCCGUGUCCGGCGACUUCACCUACGCGCCCGUCACCCAGCAGGGCUACUGGCAGAUCACCGCCGACGGCGUCUCCUCGGGCGGCCAGCAGGGCGUUGGCCAGUUCGACGCCAUCGCCGACACCGGCACCACGCUCAUCGUCGGUAUCCCUGACGACGUCGCUUCAUUCUACGAGGCCAUCGGAGGCCAGGACGCGUCGAGCACCCUCGGUGAGGGCUACUACACCGUCCCGUGCGACUCCAUCCCCGACGUCACCGUCACCAUCGGUGGCCAGGACUUCCCCGUCUCCGCGGACACCUUCAACCUCGGCGCCGCCUCGCAGGGCUCGAGCGACUGUGUCGGCGGUAUCGUCGGCCAGGACCUCGGCCAGGGCUUCUGGAUCCUCGGCGACGUCUUCCUGUCGAACACCUACACCGCGUUCGACUUCGACAACAACCAGGUCGGCUUCGCCCCCCUCGCUUAA